AUGUCCAGCUUUAGUGCUGAAAGACCUUUUGGUGUCUAUUUGUUUGACUAUUUCAACAAGGCAUAUACAGCCAUUGUGGGUAAACCAAUAACUGAAUUUGCAUUCAUUCAAGGCUAUACCCCUCUCUCUACCUUACCAGAAGUGUUGUUGGGAUGUGUCACUUACUUGGUUGUGAUCUUUGGUGGUCGUUAUUUGAUGACCAACUAUAAACCAUUGCCUUGCAAGUUAUUGUUCCAAAUUCAUAACGUUUUGUUGACUCUUGUAUCCGGCGCUUUAUGGGUAUUGCUCUUUGAGCAAUUGUUUCCCCAGUUAUACAAUCAUGGUCUUUAUUACACCCUUUGCUCAGAAGAAGCUUGGACUCCUCGAUUGGAAUUGAUUUAUUAUUUAAAUUAUUUGGUAAAGUGGUGGGAGUUGUUUGAUACGGGUUUCUUGGUUAUAAAGAAGAAGAAGCUUGAAUUCUUGCACUACUUUCAUCAUAGUAUGACAAUGGCAUUAUGUUAUACUCAAUUAGUUGGUAGAACUACUGUGUCUUGGGUUCCUAUUAUCCUUAACUUGACUGUCCAUGUCUUUAUGUAUUAUUACUACUUCCGCACGUCUACUGGCGCCAAGAUCUGGUGGAAGCGUUAUCUUACCACGAUGCAAAUUAUUCAAUUCAUUAUUGAUUUAGUGGUGAUUUACUCUGUUACUUAUUCUUAUUUUGCCUUUACAUACACCACAUCCUUGCCCAACUUUGGUACAUGCGCUGGCACUGAAAGCGCUGCUGCCUUUGGUUGUGCUAUUCUUACUUCUUAUUUAUUCUUAUUUAUUAACUUUUAUAGAAUCACUUACAACAACAAAAAGCAAAUUGCUGCCAGCAAAAAGAAGCAAUAA